UCCUACUCAGUUCAGAGGAAACAGAACUGAUAUCAGAGAGCUGCUCUCUCUCAGUCUGUGAGUGCAGGAAAAUGGCCAGUAUUUCAGUAGAUCAGGACCAGUUCAGCUGUCCAGUCUGUCUGGAUCUGCUGAAGGAUCCAGUGGCUAUUCCCUGUGGACACAGUUACUGUAAGGUGUGUAUUAAUGGACACUGGGAUCAGGAUGAUCAGAGGGGGGUCUACAGCUGCCCCCAGUGCAGAGAGACUUUCACUCCGAGGCCUGUUCUACGCAGAAACAACAUGCUGGCUGAAGUGGUGGAGAAACUGAAGAAGACAGAACUCCGAGCUGCUUCUCCUGCUCACUGUUACGCUGGACCUGGAGAUGUGGAGUGUGAUUUCUGCACUGGGAGGAAACUCAAAGCCAUCAAGUCCUGUCUGAUGUGUUUGGCCUCCUUUUGUGAAACUCAUCUUAAACCUCACUAUGAAGUUCCUUCCUGGAAAAACCACAAGCUGGUCAAAGCUUCCACACGACUACGAGAGAAGAUCUGCUCUCAGCACGACAAACUGAUCGAGAUCUACUGUCGUACUGACCAAACAUGCAUCUGCUAUUUGUGCAUGUUGGAUCAACACAAAGGUCAUGAUUCAGUCUCAGCUGCAGCAGAGAGAACUGAGAAACAGAGUCAGUUAAAGGGAAUUCGGGGGAAAUCUCAGCAGAGACUCCAGGAGAAAGAGAAGAAGCUGCAGGAGCUGAAACAGGCUGUGAACACUAUUAAGAGCUCUGCACAGACAGCAGUGGAGGACAGUGAGAGGAUCUUUACUGAGCUGAUCUGCUCCAUUGAGAAAAAGCGCUCUGAGGUAACAGAGCUGAUCAGAGCUCAGGAGAAGACUGAACUGAGUGGAGCUGAAGAGCUCAUUGAACAGCUGGAGCAGGAGAUUGCUGAUCUAAAGAGGAGAGACACUGAGCUGGAGCAGCUUUCACACACAGAGGAUCACAUCCAUUUCCUCCAGAGUCUCCAGUCUCUUUGUGUCUCUUCUGGAUCUGAAGACUCACCCAACAUCACUAUCAGUCAACAUCUCUCAUUUGAUAAAGUGACCAAAUCUCUGUCUGAUCUGAAGAAGCAACUGGAGGAAAUCUGUGAAGCGACACUCAACAGAAUCUCUCCACAUGCUGCAGCAGUUCAGAUGUUAACCUCAGAACCACAAACCAGAGAGGAUUUUCUACAGUAUUACUGUCAGCUGACUCUGGAUCCCCACACAGCAAAUCGUUACCUCAUUCUGUCUGAGGAGAACAGAGUGGUUAGAAGUAGUAGUAAUGUCCAGACGUACUCUGACCAUCCAGAGAGAUUUAACCACUGGUAUCAGGUUCUGUGUAAGGAGAGUGUGAGUGGACGCUGUUACUGGGAGGUUGAGUGGAGCAAAAAGAACUAUGAAUAUGUGUACAUAUCAGUCUCAUAUAAAAGGAUCAGCAGGAAAGGAUCAGGUAAUGAUAGUAAGUUUGGAUACAACAGUCAGUCCUGGAGUCUUCGAUGUUCUUCCUCUCUCUCUUUCUGGCACAACAACAUUGAGACUAAGAUCUCAGCCCCGUCCUCCUCCAGAGUAGGAGUGUAUGUGGAUCACAGUGCAGGAACUCUGUCCUUCUACAGCGUCUCUGACACAAUGACCCUCCUACACACAGUCCACGCCACCUUCACUCAGCCUCUCUAUGUUGGAUUCUGGCUUCCUUAUGUUGGAUCUACUGUGACUUUAUGCAAUUUGAAAUGAAUAUCAGUGAAAUAUUUAGUAAGAGAAUGUAUAAUAUUAACCCUUCUAGGUCCUCUAUGACUGUACGUGCCUUGAAACGCCUCUUCUUAGACGUUUUUCAUUGAAACAAGCAGAGAAAUUUGGUGAAAAGUGCCGAUGAUAAACUUUCACUCAAUACCAAAUUGUAAGUAGAAGAGGAGAUAUUUUAUGGCUUGAAGUUGAGGAAAGUUUAUUGGGGUGUGUAGAGUCAGACUUUUGCGAAAAGAAAAAAACCCACACAAGUUACCAUGUAACUCAAUAUGGAAUUGCAUUUAAAUAAUUAUGUAAGUUGAACGUAGAGCAGAGCAACACACUCUAAAUAUAAAUCACUGUGAAAUUCUGGAAAAUUUCCUUUUCUAGAAAAUAUGUUACAGCUCUCCUGUAAGUGUCAUUCAUGCUUCAUAAGACAACAACAGUUGGGUUAGGCUUCAUCAAAGCUUCUUCCUCCAGUGUAAACCUUCACAGUAAACACAGAAAACAUCUGCUGUUCUAUCAGACCUUCUUCUCUCGUCUUCAACCCACCAGAAUCCUCUCACUGGAUGUCGUUCUGUGCAGAAUGUAUCAGAUUCAGAUUCAGUUCUGAAGUGAAGUUUGGAUCCUGUAGUGUUUCCAGCUCCAGUCCUAGAUGAACCCCUCACUGCACAGUUUAGUGUUUCUGUUUUUCUCUAACGCUUCAUUCAACACCUGAAGGUCAGGAUGAUCAGCUGAUGAAUAAACAUGUUGUGUUAAAGCAGUAAAACCACUAAACUGUGUAGAUCAGGUGUCACUCAGGACUAAGACUGAGAUCAGCCCCUUCUGUAAGCUUAUAUUCCAUAAUGGAGUGGAAAACAAAUUAAGGAAAGUAACAGGAGGAAAAUGAGUGUAAGAUCUCUCUAUUGUAUUCUGAGUGUCUCCUGAGAGUCAGAGCUUCCACCAGCAGAAAUCCACACUGCUGAAUCCACUGCAGUCUUUCAGCUGGAGCUCAAACUCAUCUUCUAGAUCAGUGUUUCCACUAAGGUCCUGUAGUCCACCUGCACUGCACAGUUUAGUUUAUUCCUGCUCUAUCACACCUGAUUCAGCUCUAGAAGGACUUGAUCAUCAGGUGUGACUCAGGUGGAGAAAACACUAAACUGUAGGACUUAACCUGGAAAUCACUGCAGAACUGAUUUUAUAUCCACAUUGUUGAGUCUCUUUAACAGAAACCUUCAUUUAAACCCAAAUAAUGUCAUAGAUAAAUAUUGUAUUCUAUAUUUUUACUAUAUGACACUAACAGUGUUUGACCCUGUGAUAUUUAGUAUAUUUGUUACACAUGCAGUGUGAAAUGAAGAGCACAAACAAUGCACAUUUUGUCAGCUUUGAAAACAUGGCUGUACACAUGGCUCUUGCAAUGCACUCGAUUGUACAGGACCCUUUCGCUGCACUAGAUGCCUAAAUGCCUGAGUGAGCAGUACAUUCCUGACAUGUGUUCCCCAACAAAGUAUACUGCGAUUAUUUAUAAUGAGGAUUACAGUGCAUAGUGAAAACAAGAACAAGAAAAAAACAAAAUAAAAAUUAAGAAAAAUCGGGCAGGGGUUUGGUAAUCAUACGCAUAACAUAAAUUAGUCCCACACUCUCCCUUCCAAAAUAUGGCACAUUCCCUAGAUAAUCUUGUCAUUAACAUGAGUUAUGGGAAUCAGUCAAAGAGUCAGUCUUUCUUUCAGUUCUGUAUAUCAACUGUCUUUGACAUCACAUGUAACAUGUUAUGCCAGUCACAGGAAUCGCUGUCCAGGCGAUAUCUGUAAUAAGUUCUCCGCCUCUAAUGCAGGUAAUUUAUCUUUGACACGAGGGUAAAGACCCUUUAACUGUGACCCCAUAACUCCCUUAAUGGACCCACACUAAUGCUACACAUCUCUCUUUCACCUUUUGUCAGUAUUAAUUAUGUGUUAACGGUCCAGUAUCUGGUUUAUGCACCACUGUAACUCAAACUAUGCAAAAUGUGAACUGUAUCUUACUUCAACUAUGACCCUGAACUUGAACUCUUACAAAAAACUUCGAUCAUUUAAACCCUGUCUAUGGCUUGGGUCUCUGUGUGUCUGAAGGCUGGCCUAGUGUGUUGUACGUGAUCAUCUUAGGUGGUUUCCUAUGCCUGAAGGGAUACUUUCUGGCAGGGCGCAUCAGUGGCUUAAUGUCGUUCUCAUCUGCUUCAUCUGAGGACCUUCCUGGCUCUGCUGCAACAUCCUCUUGCUCUACCACCAAUUCUGGAUCAGCUGCCUUCUCACACUUGUGGGCUUGUUCCCCCCUGCUUGGAUCAUCAAAUUCUUCACACUCUUAGUGACUGCUUGGCUCCGGUUGCUCCCCUGGAGGUGGGGGCAUGUGCUGGGUUUCAACAGCUUCUGUACUCUGCUUGUUUUGAUCCUGGUCAGGUGUUAUUACUCGUGCUGUGGUAAUGAUUUCCCAGCCAAAUUCAUCCUGUGAACUGGUCACAUCCCCUGCUAUUUCCUGUUUCCCCCUUUUAUAAUACUUCGUGCUCUUCCCUGGUUUAUUUUCAGUCUGUUUGCCUUCCACAGGCUCUUUUUCCCUGACUGGCAGGAAGUCACAGGGCAGUAAGAGGUUAUGAUGGAGAACCCGUGUUCAACCUGGACCUUUCUCUGGUCGUACAACAUACACAGGACCAUCUUCAUGUUUUCUCUCAGUUCCUCCCAGUAAGGCCUGAGUUUCCCAGGGCCGCCUCUCUCAGCAAAGUUGUGUAUCAGCACCCUGCAUCCUGGUUGUAAAUCAGCUCCAUGCACCUUCCUAUCAUACCUCUCUUUGGCUUCAUCACACUCCUACUGAGCUGUCUUCGAUGCCAGCUUAUAAGCUUCUGCCAUUCGCUGUUUCCACCUGUCAGCAUACUCAUCAUAUGACACACAACCCAAACAUGAUGUCUACAGGGAGUCAAGGAUUUCUCCCAAAAAGGAGGUAAUAUGGUGCAAACCCUGUUGCCUCAGUGCAUGUACAGUUGUAUGCAUGGACCACUUUGGGAAGGGAGCUCUUCCAGUCAGCCUUUGCCUCCUCGUUCAGAUUUGAAGCAUAGAGAAGUGUGUUCAGUUGAACCGCUACUUGUCCAUUGCCCACAGGGUGAUAAGUUGUUAUGCGUGAACCGUGGAUGCCACUGUAUUCUUGAAACUUGGUAAACAACUUGUUCUCAAACUCCUUGCCUUGAACAUGAUGGAGUUUUGUUGGGGACCCAAACUUCAGCACAAAGUCUCUAAAAAUCUUUUUAGCUACGAUUUUUGCUGAUUUAUUGGUGCAUGCAUACACUUGUGCAAAGUGAGUGAAAUGAUCUAUUGUUAUCUCUUGGACUUUCCUGAUGUCUUCUGAGGGAAUCUGUGGUAUUGUUGGGGCUGUUCGCUCUUGAUUGUCUUCUGCCCAUGCUGUCGCAAUAGUGAGAGAGCACAUCCAAGGAGUAUGUUCCUGGGACUCGAGCUGAAGUGUUUGUGUGACUGUGGUAAUCACCCUGGGCUGCACUUCCUGUGAGCAUGAACGCAUAUACUGCUCCAUGUCCAAGGGCAUGCGUGACAAGCCAUCUGCAUCUCCAUUGAUCUUACCUGGACGAUACUUGGUAGAAAAAUUAAAGUUAGCCAGCUCAGCCACUUUUGCCAUGGUCAGGAUACACGUUAGCAGAUUGUUGUCUGUAUAGACGACAAACGAAGGUGCAUAGUAUAAAUACUCUCUGAAUCUCUCAUAUAUAGCCCAUUUUUGAGCCAAGAACUCCAACUUUCCUGAGUAAAGAUGGUAAUUCUUCUCUGGUGGAGUUAGUAUCCUUGACCCAUAGCUUAUUACUUUCAACUUCCCUAGGUGUCUUUUGUACAGUACUGCACCAAGUCCUUCUUGAGAAGCAUCACAAUGAAGCAUGAAUGGCUUUUCAGUAUCUGGAUAGCCCAAGUGGGGUGGUUUAAGGAGAAAUUCAAUAAGUUUGCAAAGGACUUCCUGGUGCUGUCCUGUCCAGGAGACCCGCUGAUGGGAUGGUAACUGGUCAACUUUCUUCUGCUUUGCACCACCUUUACUCACAGCUUGGUCACAUUUCUUGCUCUUAGAACUCUUUCCAACCGAUAGUAGGCUAUAAAGAGGAGUGGCAAUUCUUGAAAAAUUUGGGAUAUAUGGGCGAUAAUAGGAAAUGAAUCCCAGCAGUUUUCUCAUAUCUCCCACUGUCUCCGGUUCGCGAUCUUUUAAUGCCUGCACU